AUGUGUCAUAACCCCAACAAUUGCCAACAAUAAUUGUGCUUGAUUAUUGUUUUUACAUAUUUAAAAAUUAAUUAAAUUAAACAAUUCAAUAAUAAUGAAGAAUUUAUCAGUUUUAUAUCAUACAAAUCAUUCUUAUGAUAAUGAUAAAUCAUUGGAAAAUAUAAACAAUGCAAUUUGUGAUUCAUCAACAAUUUAUUGUUAUGAUCCAGAUAAUGAUUGUUUAUUUAUUCAUAAUUCAACAAAAUUAUUAAAAAUUUAUAAAAAAACAAAUGAUAAUUUAUUGAGUGUUGAUUGUCAUGAUAUUUUUGGUGAUGUAAGUGGUGUUUGUAUGUGGAUUGAUGAUGGAUCAAUUCAUUUGUUUGAUAAAUCAGGAAUUAUUAGUAAAAUAUCUGGUAUUAGUGGUGAUGAUGAUGAUGAGCCAGUUGUUGAAAUACUUGGAUCACUUGAUAGUCAUCCAAAUUGUAUGGAAAUUGGUCCAGACAGAGGAACCUUUGCUAUUGUUGAUGAAAAUUGGAAUGUUGUUACAAUGACAAUGGAUUUUGAUGUAUUAAACAAGAUACAAUUAGAGCCUUGUUUCAUUCCUCGUGAUGACAAUACAACAACAGUUGAUAAAUCAAAUAAAUAUAAUGAUUCUAAAAAAGCAUCAAUAACUUGGCGUGGUGAUGGUAAUUUUUUUGCUGUAAUACUCAAAAAUUAUGAUGAUAAUACACGACAAUUUAAAGUAUUUAAUCGUGAAGGUGUAUUUAUGUUUACAAGUGAAUUAUCAAUUGGUCUUGAAGAAUUUAUAGCUUGGAAACCAUCUGGUAAUUUAAUAGCAACAAGUCAAAGACUACCAAAUAAACAUGUCAUUGCAUUAUUUGAAAAAAAUGGAUUAAAACAUCGUGAAUUAAUAUUACCCGUUGAUAAAGAUGAAAUAAUUAUUAAAAAAAUAUCAUGGUCACCAGAUUCAGAUAUAUUAACAAUAUGGGCAUACAAUACAACAAAUAAUGAUGAAUUUUUACAAUUAUGGACUGAAAAUAAUUAUCAUUGGUACUUGAAACAAACAAUUAAUUUUACAAAUGAUAAUCCAUUGAUUUAUUUUGAAUGGGUUGAUCAUUUAAAAAUACAAAAGAAGCUUAUACUGUUGAUGAAAAAAACAUAUAUGACAUAUACAUUUCAUUGGUGUAUUGAUCAUUCAAGAGGCAUAUGUGAUGAUGAUUAUGAUAAAUCUGUUGUUGGUGUUAUUGAUGGUAAUAAAUUACUAUUGACUGGUUUUAAAAUUGGCAUUGUACCACCACCAAUGUCACAUGAUACAAUAACAUCAAAUCAAUCAAUUAAUAAAUGUUUUUUUGCUCCAAAUUGGAGUGUAAAUUAUCCAUGGAAAUGGCUUGAUUCAAAUGCUUUAUUUUGUCAAUUAUCAAAUGGUGAUUUAUCAUUGUAUAUUCAUGAAAAACAAGAACUACCAUUGAAAUAUAAAUACAUCAAUACAUAUACAAUUGAAUGGAAUAAUUUUAAAAAUAUACUUACAGAUAAUUUUUCAUAUUUAAUGCAUCAUUUUGUAUGGUUAAAACCAGAUAUUAUUUUGUCUUCAAUUUCAAUAAAUUCAACAAAUUAUUUAAUUGUUAUUGAAAUUAAAAAUAUUAAUGAUAAUGAAGAUAGUUUAAAAAAUGCAAUACUAUCUGUUAAAGAGACAUAUAUUGUUGAUGGUAACAUACAUCAUAUUGUAGCUGUUCAAGAUGUUGAUAUAGCUUUUUUGGUUGUUGAUAAUUCGGUAGUUAAAUUUAGCACUGUGGAUGGUGGUUUUUUACCAGCUCAUCAACUACCAGAAUUAUGUGAUCAAAUUGAAGUUGUUAAAAUUGACAAUGAGUAUAGAGUUGUAACACUUGGUAGAAAAAAUACAUUGUGUAUUGAUGGAGUACAAGUUGCACAUAAUAUAACAAGUAUGUCAUUACAUUCAGACUUUUUAUUGUUGACAACAUUUCAACAUGCACUUGUUUGUGUUAAAAUUGAUAGAGAAGGUUUUAAUAAAUUAUCAAAAUCAGAUUUAACUGUUAAAUCAUGGGAAAGUGAAUGUCCAGAGGGUGAUAUUGUAUUGAGCAUGAGAAGAUUAGAAAGAGGAUCAACUCUUGUUAUAACAAUUAAUCAUGAUUCAAAAACAAUUCUACAAAUGCCACGUGGUAAUCUUGAAACAAUUCAACCACGUUCAUUAUCACUUAAUAUUAUUAAAAAACAUCUUGAUAAUAAAAAUUAUUAUGCAGCAUUUGAUCUCAUGAGAAAACAAAGAAUUAAUUUAAAUUUAAUAUACGAUCAUAAUCCAAAUUUAUUUAUUUUAAAUGCUGUUAAAUUUGUUGAUGAUAUUAAAAGUUCAUCUUGGUUAAAUAUAUUUAUAUCGGAACUUCAAGAUCAAGAUGUUACUAAAACAAUUUAUAAAACUUGUUACAGUGAGCUUGAAAAUAAUAUACGUAAUAAUGAAUUAGUAACAGAUGAUGUUGAUGGAAAAGUUGAAAGAAUAUGUAAAUUAUUAUGUGAUAUAUUUGAAAAAAAAAUAUCAACAAGAGAUUUAGUUCAGCCAAUAUUAACAUGUCUUGUUAAAAAUAAACAAACUAAAGGACUAGAGGGUGCACUUUGUCGAGUCAAAGAAUUUGGAAAAGCUAAAAAAACCCAAGAAGAUAUUAAAAAUACAACUGAAAAUGCUCUAAAAUAUUUACUAUAUCUUGUUGAUGUUAAUGUAUUAUUUGACAUUGCACUUGGAAUGUAUGAUCUUGAAAUUGCAAAAGUAAUUGGUUUCAUGUCACAAAAAGAUCCAAAAGAAUUUAUUCCAUAUUUAAAUUCUCUAUCAGAACUUGAUGAUAAUUCAAGAAAAUUUCAAAUUGAUAAAGAUUUAAAACGUUGGGAAUCAUGCUUGAUUCAUAUUUCAAAAUGUCCAGAAAGAUUUAAUGAAUGUAUUGAAAUAAUAUGUACACAUAAUUUAUAUCUUCAAGCAUUAAAAAUAUUUAACAUCAACACAAAUGAAUACAUGAAAAUUUCAAAUCUUGCUGGUGAAUAUUAUAUGAAAAAUAAAAAAUAUCGUGAAGCUGGAAUGAUGUUUCAAAGAAGUAAAAAUUAUAAAAAUGCACUUGAUGCAUAUAAAUUAUGUGGUAGUUGGCAAGAUGUUAUAUCUGUAUCAACUGAUAUGAAUUUAAGUAAUGUUGAAAUGAAUGAAUUGUAUCAAGAGCUUGUUGAUAUUAUGACAAAUGAUAAAAGAUAUCGUGAUGCUGCUGAUAUUUGUUAUGUUUAUUUGAAACAAUCAGAAGAAACAGUUGCAUUACUUUGUGAAGGUAAAGAAUGGAGAGAUGCAUUGAGAAUAUCAAAAUUCCAUAAAAGACCAGAUCUUAUUGAGACUCAUGUUAAACCAGGUGUCAUUGAACAUGCUGAAUUUAUUAAAAGUCGAUUGAUAAAUUAUAAAAAUGAUUUUUUAAAAUAUCAAUCAAGAUUGGAUGUUGUUAGAAAAUUAAAAGCAAUUCGUGAUUCACAAAAUAAUUUCUUAAAUGAUGAUGAAAAUUGUGGUGACAUGAGUGAUUUAUUGAGUGUAACUAGUUUUGGAGGUUCAACAACAAGUAAAGCAUCAAAAAGUUCACGGAGUUCUGGUAGAACAUAUAAAUCAAGUAAAAAUCGUAGAAAACAAGAGAGAAAAGUAUUGAGUAUCAAGGAGGGAAGUGCAUUUGAAGAUCUUGCAUUGAUACGUGCACUUUAUGAUAUUAUAACUUGUGUUUAUGAAUUGAGACAAGAAGUUAAUAAUGUUAAUAAAAUGUUGAUGCAUUUUUACAUGGAUCAAAUGGCUGAAAUGUUACAAAAUUUGUUAAUUGGAAUAUUGGAUAUUUGUGAAAAAAGUAAAUAUAAAAUUUGGAUCAAAACAGAUACAAUUGAGGAUGAUGGUGAGGAAAAUUUACCAAAUAGUCUUCUUGAAACAAAAUAUACUUUUCCACCUGAAGCUAAAUCUGUCAAUUGGAAACUUGAAAUUUUGUAAACAAUAUUUUAUAAAUUCAUAAUAAAAUAUUUUGUACGAUGAAAAAUAAAUUUAUAUUUUUUUCUUUCUUUCAUGUUUUAUAAUUUAAAUAAUUUUUUUUUUUUUAUCACGUUUAAAUAUUUCUUGUCUGUAAGCAAUUUUUAGUGGCUAAUAAAUUUUUUUUUUUUUAUGACCAACACCUGGAAUUUCAAGAUAAGAAUUUAAAUUUAAAAAAUUUA